AUGUGUCUGGUGUUCGUGUGCGACGAGGACGAGAGAGUCGUCGGAAGGCAGCCGGCGCCGGGGGCGUGUCCGUACUGCGGCGGGAUGGUGCAGGCGAUGGACGUGCAGAGCGAGUGGAGGCUGUGCUUCGUGCCUUUAUAUUUCAAGACAAAGCGCAGAUUCUACUGCACAAUCUGCUCCAGGCGACUCGUCGUCCAGUAGACAUAGACGGCAUCGUAUCGUACUAUCGUGUGCUGUAGAAAUUCUGUUCCUGCGUUUCGAGUAACUUUUAGUGCUAAGAACUCUGUAAGACAAAUUACGAUGUAAUUAAACUAACCUUUUGAAGCUGAAUCGACCACUCUGAUUGAUUUGGAUA